GUUUCAUUAUAUCUAUUGUGUUAUGCGUGGAUUUUGAUUGACUGAAAACAUGUUGGGUGUUAGGUUCUUGCAUUCACAAGGAAUUAUAUAUUGUGAUCUGAAGCCAUCUAACAUUCUACUUGAUGAGUUUGGAUGCAUGAAGCUGUGUGAUUUUGGAUUAGCAAGACGUUUAAAGGACAUUGAGAAGACCGAUCCUGGAGAUGUGCCACAACCUAUGAGGGGGACACCAUGUUACAUGGCUCCUGAGUUGUUCCAAGAGGGAGGGGUCCACUCAUAUGCUUCUGAUUUCUGGGCUCUUGGUUGUGUGCUUUACGAAUGCUAUGCAGGAAGACCUCCUUUCGUGGGCCGUGAAUUUACCCAGUUAGUCAAAUCCAUACUUUCAGAGCCUGCACCACCUUUACCUGAUAACACGUCAAGGUCUUUCCAGAAUCUGAUCAACUGCUUAGUCAUGAAAGACCCAGCUGAAAGACUACAGUUGUCUGAACUAUGUGCACACAACUUUUGGAGGAACAGUAUGCCGAUGAUUCCUUUACCUCCUCAGCCUGCCUUUGAUAACAUGGUUGGACUUCCCACUACGCCAUAUUUAGCUGGGCGAAAUGGGGAGAAACCCUCCAGACAGCUAACGCCACCCAAGACUCGUGAACACCUACGCAAGAAAGAUGAAAUUCUGCCAAGGUGUUCACGACUCCUGUUAAGAAUGUGCAAACCAGUAAGAAAAAUAAUCCAAAACCUUGUAAGGCUGAUGGUUUGAAGGGUGUAAAUGUCCUUAGAAUGUCUCGCAUAGCUAAGAGAAAUUUGCAAAGGGAAAAGGCCAAGGAGAACUACAGGCGCCCUCCCACAGAAACAGACGAAAAUGAGGCUGAAGUUAAGAUCGAAAAUAAUGACAUGGAGCUUGAUUUUGGUGAAAAUCCAGAAGGCGAUGCACCUGAUGAUAAUGAUGGAUCAGAUAAUGCUGGAUCCAAAGCAGAUGAAAAACAUAGGACUCAAGGAACUGAUGGAGAUGAAGAGAACUGCAUAAAUCAGGCGGACAUGCUCAUGGAUGAGUGUUCUGUUAAGCCGGAUACCUUGUUGAAAGCUGAGCAGAACUGUUCAGAGAAUCUUGAUGUGGUGGCUACUCCACCUAGUUUCUGCAUGAGGAAAGCACGUCCAAAGAUAACUUCUGGUGCUGCAACGGGUUCUGAGCCGUCUAACAUCUUUGAAGCAUUCUGGCAUCCAACAGACCUUGCAGUUAAACCAGUCAUGCCCAGUAAAAAAGGAGAUAAAGCUACAGAGACCAUCUCCGUGCUUCCUUUUGAAGCUCUUCCUGCCGCUGAUUACAUCAAGUUACCACGAGAACAGGUGAAUGCAUUCAAUAGCCAGAUAAUUCAGAGUUUGAAUGGAUCUUUUCAGGUUUCAGAGAAACAGAAUAUCAUCAGAUAUCUGGAGUUGUUAAGCAUGAACUCUGAUGCUGCAAAUAUAAUCACUAAUGGCCCAGUUAUGUCGUUGCUCAUAAAAAUGCUCCGACUAUCAAAAACUUCAGUCUUGCGUGUGCAGGUUGCUUCACUUAUGGGACUGCUGAUACGCUACUCCACUAUCCUUGAUGCAGAGCUAGCUAGUUCAGGAAUUAUUAAUGCCUUGUCAGAUGGCUUAAGGGACCGGCACGAUAAACUGAGGAGAUUCUGUAUGGCAACACUUGGAGAAUUACUGUUCUACAUAUCAACUCAAUCUGAUCAGGAUAGCAAGGAAAGCAAUGCCGAAGAAUCUCCUAUGAAGGACAACAAAUCUGGUGCUUUGUGGCAGGUCCCUAGUGCUGUAAUAGCACCGGUGUCGUCUAUCUUGCGUAAAGGGGAAGAUGAUCUGGCCCAGCUUUAUGCCUUACGAACAGUUGAUAAUAUAUGUAGCCAAGGGACAGAUUGGACAUCACGGUUUGCUUCCCAAGAUGCAAUUGGUCAUCUUUGCUACAUCUAUAAAGCAACUGGGAAGCAGGAGAAUACAAGGCUUAUUGCAAUUUCUUGUUUGAGCCGCCUAGCUCGAUUCAGUUCGUCAUGUACUCAUCUAACACUGGAGAAGCUAUCGUUCAAGGAUAUUGUAUGCACACUCUUUAAGGGCAAUCCACGUGAGCAACAGAUAAGUCUGAAUCUUCUAAAUUCGGCAUUAGUGAACAGUCAUACCAUACCAAAUAUGAACCGCUAUAUUCAGUCAUUAACCGAGGAGAAACAGUUGGUCCCUGGACUUAUUUCUCUGAUAGAACAGGGAUCUGACAUUCUGCGUGGAAAAACUCUUCUAUUUGUUGCUCUUCUUUGCAAGAACAGUCGAAGGUGGCUUCCACAAUUCUUUUGCAAUGCAAAGCUGCUAUCAGCAGUCGAUAGAUUGGGAAAGGAGAAGGAUGGUUUCAUUCAUCAAUGUACCGUAGCAUUUGUUCAGUUAGUUGCUUUGUUGGUCCCAGGCAUUCUUGACACUGUAUCCAGUGAUAUACAACAGGUCAUGGGUGGCAAACGUCAUGGACCUAUUACUGCUUUAACGGGACGUGCUCAUCCAAAGAGCACAAUUCAUUUGUUUCCUGUUAUCCUUCAUCUUCUUGGGAGUGUAUCCUUCAAUCACAGAGUUGUGACAAGUCAAGUAUUGCUCCAGUUGGCUAAUCUUACGAAGAUAUUGGAGACACCAUUUCAGGCUCGGGAUGAUUUCCAAAUGAUAUUGCUGCGAGUUCUAGAGGCAGCUAUGGAGGAGUCUUCUGUUAUACUUAUGGAACACAAAAUAUUCACAAGUCGAUUCCUUCUGAGCUUAUUCAUCUUAUACAAGGGCAAUAAGGACUGUGAUGCCAGAUUCCUAUGUUUGAAGAUACUGUCUGAUGUGAUGAUUGUGAUCUUCAGUGAUUCUUCAUUGACUCCAGACGAACAAACGUUAGCUGACCUGAAAACAAUCUCUCACAAAUAUUUUCUCCCGCUGUACCCUUCAUUUGCAGAGGAUGAAGAUCCAAUACCUAUGUAUGCACAAAAACUUCUAGUAAUGCUGGUGGAGCAUGAUUGUGUUAAGGUAUCUGAUAUCCUGAAUGAAGCAACAGUAUCCCAGUGUUUCGAUUUUUUGCUUGGAGAUCUUUCAAAUGCAAACGUAAGCAAUGUGAAGCUUUGUUUUGCACUAGCAUCUGCUCCUGACAUGGACUCCAGUUUCCUUUCACAGCUUCAAGUUGUCAGAAGAAUAGGGACUCUGGUUGAGUUUGUGACUGCCAAAGAUAUGGAUGGUUUUCUGGAACCAACCUUGGAACUUUGCAGAGCUUUCAUUAUCUGUGGCAUCGGCAGCAGCAGAAGUACCGCCCUUACCAAAGAACAUGCACUCCUUGUUGACAGCGCCUUCAACAUGAGCAUUGCUGUUGAUCAACAAUCUUGCAUCAUGGAUAUAUGCGACCUCGGUGGCAGUAUGGGUAUAUUUCUUGAGGUGGUUGGAAAUUCAGAUCCACACAUAAGCGAUUUGGCGUCAGAUUGCGUGGUGUUGCUGCUCAAGGCAGCACCUCGAGAGGCCACGAUGGGCUUGCUGACAAAUCUUCCUAAACUGAGCGCUCUUUUGGACUCGUUGAAGCAUGGUGUCUCCCUCCAGCUGACUCGUCUGCUAUACAGCCUAGCAUUCUCUUGCAGGCAGUAUCUAGCCCAAGGAAUGAUACUCUCAAUAUCGGUGCCAGCUCUGAUGCGAGUAGAAGCGCUUGUCUCGGCUUUCAAGGGCUCACAUGACAGCUGCCUUGCUGAUGCUGCUUCGUAUCUGGGUGCCGAACUGCAGCGCCUACCUUGCUGUGGUUGAGCAGAAAUGUGGUCAAGGAGCCAGUCAGCUUGCUGCUACUGCACACAGGUGAUCUCAAUAGGAGGGUCUUGGCUUGGUAUUUCUGGCGCCAAGUGUAUGAGCAGGGCCAUUGCCUCAUCAUGAGAGGCACGGAGCUGACCUCAGUUGCUACCGUCUGGCAUGGGAGUGCUGGGUUUCAAAAGUGAUGUUCUGAGCUCGUUAUCUACCUCGUCCUUCCACUCCGAGAUUCUCAACUGGUACCUGGCAGCAUACAAGCCCAGGUAUUUGUUUUGUAUUGUGCUGCUUAUUCUGCACCCAUGGCCCACAUCUGUGCAGAAUUCAAUCCAACGCCGUUUGUCUGAGUUAGCCUGGCUCAGACGGUCGCACACGAUGUGAGCCGUCCCGUGCAAGAUUUUGUCCCGACGGCAGCGCUUCCUGGACCCAACGGAAUUUUUAACUGACAGAAGAAGAUUGCAGUCUGAAACACAUGUCAUGCCAGUGCCUGAGUUCUCACCUCCGCUAAAGCACUGUGAUCAGUGGACCUUGCACCCGCUCCUGAGAUUGCAGAGGAGGCACUGGAGGGAGAAGUGAGAUGAGCCAUCUAUUGAUUUAUCUUGGAGAUGUACAGCUUCAGCUGGGUGGAUGACUGAACCAGACUGUACCUUCAGUUCUCCCCAGCCUCUCACUGUCUAUGUAUAGACGGUGCGCAAGCCUCCUGCCCAGGGAGUUCAUAUUUCAGAUUUAUGCAAAACCCAUCCACAGAUAAGCAGAGUACUGAUGACACCUGUAGGCAAGCUAGAAUUCAAUGCAAACACCAUUAAGUUUGGAGAGUAGUACACCAAGCAAUCUGUCUCACAUAUUCCAUGCUACAACAAUAUCUGAUCUUGUAGUACCAGCUCCUGAAAUUGUGCUCAUUACAAAGUUGCAGCUCAUCCAAACAACAGCUUCCAACCUGACCACCGAUCAACCGGUACAAAUAGAAUACAUGAGGUAGGAGUACAUAUUAAGCACAACAACACUGAUAAGCAAAUAUCCAGAAAAUGUUUUCUGAAACCACUACAUCGUUUCAUCAAAUGUUCGAGUCUUGCAUGCUAGCUCAACACACAUCUGGGUGUCUCAGUUCUGGACCUUUGGCGCAGUUGUUUCGCGGGUAACCCUCGACCCCACAGUUCUUGCAGGCGCCUUCUCCCUACUUGUCGUGGGUCGCCCAAUCUCUUCACUCUUUGCUCUGGUGCCAGUAAUCUAGCUAACCCAUCUCUUCACUAGGGCAGGUUCUAGAAAACUUCCUUGUAUAUUAAUUGUGUUGCUGAACCUCCUUGUUCCCAUAUGUAUUGCAUACUAUGGGUCGUCGAUGAACAAUUUUCUCUCCAUUAUUAUUUUCAGAAUAAUGCUGAUGGAGCGCAACUGGGUUUAAAAUUCUCUGUUUUCUUAUAUAUCUAGCAUUUGACUCUUCAAGCUACAAGCAAAAACUAUUACUAUCCCUGGAA